GUCCGCGGCGAUGUUCAACCGCGCCGUGAGCCGACUGAGCAGGAAGCGGCCGCCGUCAGACAUCCACGACAGUGAUGGGGGCUCAAGCAGCGGCCACCAGAGCCCCAAAAGCACAGCCAAGUGGGCAGCGUCCCUGGAGAACCUGCUGGAAGACCCAGAAGGCGUGAAGAGAUUCCGGGAAUUUUUGAAGAAGGAAUUCAGUGAAGAAAAUGUUUUAUUUUGGCUAGCUUGUGAAGAUUUUAAGAAAACACAAGAUAAGAAGCAGAUGCAGGAGAAGGCCAAGGACAUCUACAUGACCUUCCUGUCCAGCAAGGCCUCAACUCAGGUCAACGUUGAAGGCCAGUCCCGGCUCAAUGAGAAGAUCCUUGAAGAACCGCACCCACUGAUGUUCCAGAAACUCCAGGACCAGAUCUUCAACCUCAUGAAGUACGACAGCUACAGCCGCUUCCUCAAGUCAGACCUGUUUCUUAAGCACCAACGCGCCGAGGAAGAGGAGGAUGACUCGCCCGAUGCCCAAACAGCAGCAAAAAGAGCUUCGAGAAUUUAUAACACAUGAGUUUUCUCACCCCCACCACACCCCCCGCCCCUCACCCCAACCCCGAGCUGCAGGACUGGGCACAUGGAGCAUGAAGGGAAAGAACCCCCC